AUGGAAGAGACGUACAGAAGUGGCGGUUGCCAAACAUCGGGACUCAUUCUAGCCUACUUCAUCGCCAGACUCUCCUGCUUUGCCGCGUUCUUCGAAACAACAAGAGCCGUGUUACAGGGCGGAAUAGGUGGACCCUACUUUCAGGCCAUUGCGGCAUCCACGGCGGUAACUCUGUUCGCGCCGCUGUCGAUGGAGUUGAAGACGAAGGCUCCGGGUGCACGAACCUUCCUGCAGGUGGUCAAUGCGCGCUUCGGCACCGUCAUCCACUGCAUCUACUGCUUCUGUGCCCUUUCUGUCAGCAUAUUCGCGCUUUUUCACACCCACGCGCGUGUUCUAGCUGCUGUGUUGGAGACGACAAUGGUGCGGAAGAAGGAGGUAGUGGUGGCAUUGUUCAUUUUCGCAAUCCAAAGCACAUUGGCUCUUGGCGGAAUCUCAGGCACCUUCAGCACCUCCUACGUCUUGAUGGUGUUUGAGCUCUUCGCUGUGUUUCUCCUCGGUAGUGCAACCUUCUUCGUUGGCACCUUCUAUCCACUUGGUGACUGUCGGCACAUCGUCUUGUUGACGAAAUGCCAGAAGGUUCGAAACUCGAAUUUACCGGUGCUCUCCUUCUGGUCAAUUCCAGCAUCUCUGCUUGCCUUGAGAACCUUUGGAAUCUCGAUGGUGCAUUUGGUGAUGGACCAGUCGUACUGGCAAGGGAUCUUCAACUCAGAGACGGAAACCAGCGGCCUCAACGUGGUGGUCAGCGGCUUCUUCUUUUUUCCCGUCCCAGCUAUCUUCGGCAUCGUCUGUGGACUUGGGUACUACGUUCUGAACAUGGGCUACGGUCAGGUCCUGCUUUCCCCUGAAAUGGAACAACUGGCUUUAAUCGUGUACUCCGUGUCUGACUACCUCUUUGGAACCUUUGGCACCGCGCUGGUCAAUACCCUCAUAAUUUGUUCAAUGACGGCAACAACGUUCACCGAAGUGUCUGCAAUUGCCAAUAUCUUUGUUGCUGACGUCUACAUGACGUACCUUCGACCAUUCAGGAAGAUUUCGGACGUCCAAUCGUGCAUUCUAUGUGGACGAAAACGCAGUCACUGUGCGCGCAUCCAAGAACGCUGCAGGUGUGGAAGCAUGCAUGCCUGCGACGACUGCCAAUUGGAUGACAUGGACCGUCGGAACGCACGUCGAAGGAUCCAGAACAGACCAAAGUGCAAAGUCCACGGCGACUACCGGAAAUACGUCGAACAUACAAAAAGUGUUCGAUCGAUUUCCGUUCAUAUUAUGUUAAUCACCCUUCUUCUGGUCGACUUAGUGUUCGACGUCAAAGUGGUUUCCAAAAUCGAUUUACGGAACUACGUGAGCAUUAUCUGUGGGUCCACUGUCGGGAGUCUGUACUACACAUUUUACUGGCCUCGAAUCAACAGGUUAUCAGUUCUGGCAGGCGUCAUAUCUGGUUUCAUAGUCGGUGCUAGCUUCAUUGUGAUAUCAGCAAUCACCUACCACGACUUCAUGAAUGAAGCUGCCUUGUGCGUGAUUUUUGUUGGCCUGGUGAUUCCUGUUCUUCUAACCACCAUCACAACAAAGCCUUUGACAGAGGAAGAAGUGAGUGCAGUCUGGGAAAAGACGCGUUCACUUAAUGAUCCCCUACUACCGUGGACAGAGGCCUACGGAAAGGAAACUGGCCUACGGACUGAGGGACGUCCUCGUCUAGACGAUGUUCAACGCACCUACAGCUUUUCGACCAAAUUACUCAGGUACAUCUGUUUCUUCCUCGUCAUCUUCUACUUGGCAUUGUUGCCAGCUGCAGUUCUGAUGUCGCAAACACUUACCGCUUAUUUUUUGGGCAACAUGGCCUACCUCCUGUUACUAUGGCUGGCAACGUCGUUCAUCUUCCUCGUGACUGCUCCUCUGGUUUUUGAGUUUGAGAAGGCCAUAAAAUUGCAAUCUAACCUCAAGGCUUCCUCCAGCACGUGUCAGCUCAGAUGUCAAAUCGGGUGGCGCCAGUGGUUCAUUGAGGAACUGUAA